AUGUCACUUCCUCAGUAUACGAAGCAGAUCAACCAGCAUCUCCACAUCUCAAUCGAAUAUGUGCUGCACUCACAGACCCCUUCGGAUCAGUCCGAAUGUAUCAUCAGUCUUCACAAUGUGCUGAACGAACCGGUAGUGGUCAAUCCCAGUCUAGAGCCUACAGAAUCCAAACCUGCUAGUGGAUGGUUCGGAUCCAUCUUUGGAGGAAACGAGCCAGAGAAAAGCUCGCUUAUAGAGAGUGCUUCCACGGAAGUACACGUUUUCCUCGGGUAUGUCCAGCUUCUAGGCUACGUUGUUUUGAAUUACAACUUCGAUUUGGCAAAUGCCUCCAAUCCCAUGGAUAUGGGGUCCAAAAACCCCCAAUGGUGGGAAAACAGCGAUUAUGUGCACCAGUAUGAAAAUGACGGGACAGAAGAAGGAGAUGACCACGAAGAAGAAGCGGUCAAGGAGCUCAAAGUCAGCCAAGUACCGUUCAUCCAGCAGAACUCCAAAAAACCAUUGGUGCUAGGGGACAAGUUGGGAGGUGUUAAUGAUCUUACCAUCGACAAACAAGAGCAUUUCGUUACUGUGAACAAGAAAUAUUUCCUUCAUGAUCUUCUUUAUACUUUCAAUUCUCAUAGACCACCCAAAAAAUUCAGUUCAUUAGGUACACCCGAGAACGAGGAAACAAAGCUCCCAUUAAGUGAUCUCACUGAAUCCAUUCUCCCGUUCUAUACCACAUCACAGGCUUUAUUGUUUUCCGAUGUGUCUAUUCCGCCUGCUUCAAGCAAAUCGUUCUCGGUGAAGUUCCACCCUAACUCAGAACUACCUCCAUCAUACAAUGCCAGGCUGACUGGUCCAGUUAAGGAUCAUGGGUGGAUUAGCAUAAAGUACUCGUUGAUCGUGGGAUUUCUGCAGAGUGAAGGAGACCAUAAGUUGGUGCCCUACAGCGUGUACUUUCCAUACGUGGUCCGAGGAGAGCGGGUGGGGAACCACGACCGUUGGCUUCAGAUGGACUACUUGCAACGAUGUAUAAUUGACAAGGCAUGGCAGCUGGGCCCAGUGGAAUCUCCAGAAGAACCCCAGGCUGAACGGCAGCCUGAAUACGGACGAAGCUCGUUUCUUGAUGAUUUAUCGGUGCUUAUUGAUUCUGACCUCUACAACAUGCCCAAGAUUACUUCGCAUGAGCGGAGGAAGAGUAUAAUCAACGGGACUGACGAGAAUGAAGAGAUAGCACCAGGGUUAAUUGCCCAAUUGCCCUCACACUUGAAGACCCAGUAUCAAUUGAGAGUCAACAAUGCUCAGUUGUGCCUCAUCAGUGUUUCUCGUCCUUAUUACCACAUUGGGGACGACAUAAAGUUCACGGUCAACCUCAACCCCGAAGACCACAGCAAAUUCACCAAGAUCACAGGCUUUGUGACGUAUAUCGAGGCCCACGAAAUGUUCCAUUCUGAAACCGAGACCUCCAAAAAGGACAUAACCAAUGUCUACACAUGCACACCAAGAAUCAAGUUUAACACAUUUGGGUCUGCCAUAAUGGAUUUUGAAGGGGACUCUGCUUCCAGUACGUUGGUGAAUGGGACCUUACAUAUUCCCCGUUAUUUGACCCAGCAGUUCCAGGCAAGCACGUUGAUGAGCUUGAAGUACUACAUGGUGUUCAAGUUCAAUCUUUUGGAGAUGGAAGCCUCGGAAGAUGGCCAACCCAGCCAUGUGGCUGCGGAGAACUCAGAGCCCCUUUUGCAGGAGACAGAACAGCCAGAAUCCUACAGUUUUGACCAAUUGAAGCCAUACAAAUUCAACAAUAAUGGCACCGAAUUAAGGUUCAGGCUCCCGCUAGUGCUACUUCCAUAA